AAAAAAAAAUCAACAGGGGGCUAAUAAUUCAGACUUCAACUGAAUAUACAUAUAUACAUGUUUUCUUUCAUUUAAAUUGAUUUAUGGUGUAAAACGGUUUAAAAUGUAUAAGAGAUUUCCUAAUUUCCUAAAAUUAUUUUUAUGUUUUUGAUAAUUUAUUUAAAAAUCAGUUGAGAUUUAAUUUGAUCCGUUUAAUUAGUUUAUUUACUAAUUUACAGUCAUUAUAAAGCUACUGUUUGGCCUACUGUCCUGUAAAAUAAAAUAAAAACUAUAUGUAAUUUAAGAAUUGAAUUAAAGAACAUGUGUGUGUUGUUGACAUUGUUAUGAACUAAAUUGUUGCAAACAUUGUUGGACUAUAUUUGAAAAAUAAAAUCUGGGACUGGAGAAGGGUGAGAAUUCUGAGUCCCAUUAAAGGACUGAAGAGUACCUUAAAAUCAAAAAAACAUUCUGUUUACAACACUCAGUGCCAUUUCAAAUAUCAAUAAACCGUACUGUUUAAAGCAAAACUUGUUUUAUUUCUCAUUCUUUUGCUAUCAUUGAGCUUAAAGAUAAUUCUCAUGCACUCCUUAUGGUUAUAAUUCAUGUUUCUGUUCUUCAAAUGAAAUAAACAGGAAGAAGUUGCAUCGAGAGGCAAAUUCUUCACCACACGUGCACUUUCAAUUGCACACAUCAAGCUAAGGUUUCAUUUUGUAGAUGUGAUGCGAUCAGCUAAACCACGGAUGUUAUAAAACGUCUUAUUGAGCCUCAGUCCACUAGUGUCAUACAGGAAACCAAACAUGCUAAGAAAGUAAAUUGUUCAACAGUCUUCUGUGCUUGGUUCUAUCCAAACGUGCUUUUCGUAGAGUUAUUUGAUAUCAUCUAAUAUAUGUAUCUAAAAAAUAAAGUAUUAAAACAGAAGCUUAUUGAUAGUGCAUUGUUUGCUUCAUGUACAGUAGAAGUGGAUUACAUAGGAGCCUGAAUAAGGCGUGGACGGGGCAAAGCAUACCCAACAACACUCUAAAAAUCAAUACAACACGCCUUUCUGCAAGGCUCUCAGCAGCUUCAGAAGAUCCUACUCUCGCUUCCUCUCUGAGACUGAGAGAAAACCACCCAUCAGUGUCUUCAGCAGCGCUCAAGGGAACAUACCUCAAGCCAAGUUACUCACAAGGAAACAUUGAUAUGGCAUUUUUCAACCAUUUCAUCUGCCUGUUUUGACUACAAUCACAAAUUCAUUGUUUGUGAGACUAAGAAGGCGUCACUAUGAGUAAAUCAAUGGACAGCAGUGUCUCAUCGUUUUCUUUGGAGACGGAUGACCAGACAGAAGAGGAGAGGACAAAGGCCAAACAGAUGAAAAAAGUCUCAAAAGACAAGAGGCCCAUGGACUCCAAUUACGUAGAUGACGUGGUGGAACCCUCUAGCACAAUUAAGUUUAACCUGCACUUUGACAGGGGAAUCAGAAACUUGAAGGAAGAACCAGCUCAACAGGACAAUGACAGGUUUACCAUCAAGAGGCUGUUCGAGGCUGUGUCCAGUGGUGAUGUGUCUAAAAUGCAGGGUUUACAUGAGUAUCUCCACAAAAACAUGAAACGACUCACCGACUCACAAUAUAAGUCCAAUGGAAAGACAGCCCUGCUGAAAGCACUUUUAAAUUUGAGGCAAGGCGAGAAUGACACUAUUGAACAACUGCUGGACAUUGCUGAGAAAAUGGGAGAUUUGAAAAACUUUAUCAAUGCUGCUUACACCGACAGUUACUACAAAGGUCAGACAGCACUUCACGUUGCGAUUGAAAGGAGGAGUAUGAAAUUUGUGCAGAUGCUGGUUAAGAAAGGGGCUGAUGUCCAUGCCAAGGCCUGUGGGAAAUUCUUUCAGCCCAAUCAAAAAAUGUGCUUCUAUUUUGGUGAGCUGCCCUUGUCACUGGCUGCUUGCACUAAUCAGCAAGACAUUGUGGACUUUCUUAUGGAAAACCCUCACCAGGCGGUGGAUGUCAGGGAGAGGGACUGUCAUGGAAACACCGUGCUUCACGCUUUAGUAUCCGUAGCUGAUAAUAGCCCUGAAAACACAGAGUUCGUCAUCGCCAUGUAUGACCACAUCCUAAUCAAAGCUGACCAACUUCACCCCAAGACCAAGUUGGAGGAAAUUGAAAAUAAUGAGGGACUGACCCCAAUCACACUCGCUGCCAAAAAGGGAAAACUAGGGCUGUUUAAGCACAUUGUGCAGCGGGAGCUUAUGGGCUGCAGACAUCUGUCCCGAAAGAUCACGGAGUGGGCCUACGGUCCAGUGUGCUCGUCUUUGUAUGACCUCUCCUCCCUCGACACCUAUGAGAAAAACUCCGCUCUCGAGAUCGUUGUCUAUGGCAGUGAGAUUCCUAAUCGCCUCGAGAUGCUCCAAAUUGAGCCACUUAACAGACUAAUAGAAGAGAAGUGGGAUCAAUUUGCGCAUCGGAUGUUCUUGUUUAACUUCAUUGUUUAUGUUAUCUACCUUUUCAUCUUCACUGCUUCAGCUUUUUACCACGAAGAAGGGAAGGAUUACGCGAAUCAAACAAAGCCUCCAUAUCUUUAUGCAAAGAGUAGGGAAGGCUACCUGCUUCUGACAGGACACAUCAUAUCUAUCACUGGAGCAUUUUACUUCUUUAUUAGAGGGUUAAUAGAUAUGGUAAGGAAGCGUCCAAGAUUUCAAUCCCUGAUUAUAGAUGGAUACACAGAUCAGCUUUUUUUUGUGCAGGGCUUGCUCUUCUUGGCAAGUGUUGUACUGUACUGUUAUGGCCAGUAUGAAUAUCUGGCCUUUCUAGUGCUCUGUCUUGCCUUGAGCUGGAUAAACUUACUCUACUUCUCCAGGGGGUCCAAAAAUUUGGGAAUCUACAAUGUGAUGAUACAGAAGAUGGUUCUUGGAGAAAUUCGCAGAUUCCUUGUUGUGUACAUGGUGUUUCUAAUUGGAUUCUCAGCAGCUUUGGUGACUCUCCUUGACCAGGAAUCGAUCGACAGUGGCUCUACUAGAGAUUUUAGGCUCUCUGAAGACAUACCUUCCCUGAACCCCACACCAGACUCCUCCAACCCUCAAAGUCGUAUGACCCACCACCAACCCACCACAGCCCGGGACGGCAGGGGACGAUUUGGAUUGACUACAGAUAACCAAUAUGAGGUCUGCAAGAAGCCCUCGUACAAGAACAUCUACUUCACCACUCUGGAGCUGUUCAAGUUCACCAUUGGCAUGGGAGAUCUGGAGUUCACCGAUCAUUAUAAAUAUAAGGAGGUCUUCUACGUGCUACUGAUUGUGUAUAUAGUGAUGACUUACAUUCUGAUGCUGAACAUGCUGAUCGCUUUGAUGAACCAAAGUGUUGAGAUGAUGUCCGUGGAGAGCACCAGCAUCUGGAAACUGCAGCGUGCAAUCACUACCUUGGACAUGGAGUGGAUCCUUCCCAAGUGUCUGCAGGGAAAGCUGCGCUCAGGGGAAGAGAAGGACCUCGGCGGAGGACAAGAGCCUGAUCGUCGCUGGUGCUUCAGUGUGGAGGAGGUCAACUGGACCCAGUGGAACAGGAACAUGGGUAUAAUAAUUAACGAGGAUCCUGGGAAAUGCACACAAGACCCUUCUCCAGCUAACGUUCAGAGAGAGCCCAGUCGUGGAGUCCUGCAAACGUUCAGUAGGCGCAGAAGGACGCAGAGAGCACAAACCAGAGAAGGACAUGAGCUCAGUCCUCUCGCCGAGGCCUCCAGCUCCGUCUGAUGCUUUCUACUGCAGUCAGUUUUGCAAUUUCUUCCAUUUCAACAGG